GUGGAGUGUCGCGUGUUGCCACAUCAGCAUCGUGGCAAAACGAAAGUAUCAGUAGUGAUGCAUUUUGUAGAUUGCGCUGGUGGACCCUCCACCUAGUACGUGGUUGAUCGUGGAAUAAUAUCCGUAUAACCCACCAGUCAGUACUCUCUCAACAUGCCAACUAAUUUCUGAAUUAUACCAAAACCGAGUAGUGGUUUUUUACCGUCAAAUAACUCGUGUAUUUUUAUUUUCACCAUUAUUUUCGGAUUAACAACACAUCGAAGCAAUUAACUCGUGGCAAAUCGAGUUGAUUCUCUCCCACUUUAAUAGAAAAACCUACUGAAAAACCGGAAUAUCAUCACUGAAAUAGUCAUCAUGAGUACUCCUAACAGCACGCCGCAUGUGGACACCAAAGUCGGUAUUGUGAAAUUGAUUGUAUCUGGUGAUACCGUGACAAUCAGGGACAUUCCUCGAGGUAAGCCUCCAAAUGAGGUGACAAUCUCCUUGUCGAAUAUCUCGGCUCCUAAACUAGGGAGACGAGGUGGCCCUAAUGCCGAUGAGGAGAGAGAUAAACCAUGGGCUUGGGAAGCCCGAGAAUUUCUGAGGAAGAAGCUCAUCGGCCAGGAAGUGGUUUUCGCUGAAGAGAAGGCAGCCACCACGAGAAAAUACGGAUCUGUUUGGUUGGGAAAAGACAAGAAUACGGGUCAGAAUAUCGCUGAAUUGCUGGUCUCAGAAGGUCUGGCAACAGUAAAACGCGAUGUUCGAAACCCAAGUGAGACGCAAAAGCGUCUGAUGGAGCUGGAGGAUGCGGCAAAAUCAGCGGGCAAGGGUUUGCACUCUGGCGCACCAUCCUCGGAGCACAUUCGAGACGUUAAAUGGACAAUUGAAAAUCCCCGUUCCCUAGUGGACAAAUACAACGGCAAGCCAGUGAAAGCGAUAAUUGAGCACGUCAGAGAUGGUUCAACAGUGAAGGCUUUUCUGCUCCCGGACUUCUACCACGUCACCCUGAUGCUCUCAGGUAUUCGCUGUCCCCAGAUAAGAUCCGACGAGGAAGAACCAUUUGCACGUGAAGCAAUAUUUUUCGUGGAGUGUCGUAUCCUCCAGCGAGAUGUCGAGAUAAUCCUCGAGGCAGCCAACAACAACAACUUCGUGGGAACGAUUCUGCAUCCCAAUGGAAACAUCGCCGAGCUACUGCUGAAGGAGGGAUUCGCCAAGUGCAUUGGCUGGACAAUGAACAUCACCAAGUCCUCAGUGGAUAAGCUCUACAUGGCGGAGAAAGCAGCGAAGGAAAAACGUCUACGUCUGUGGCGCGAUUGGGUGCCCACAGCUCCCCAGAAGGAGUACAAUGCUGUUGUCGUUGAGAUAACCAGUGCAGAUGCAAUGAUCGUGAAAAAUCAGAAUGGAGAAGUGAAGAAGGUCUUCCUGAGCAGCAUCAGGCCUCCACAGAGACCGAAAAAGGCUGGUGAGGAGAAGGACGCACCGCGCCCCAAGGACUUCCGUCCACUCUACGACAUUCCCUUCAUGUACGAGGCCAGGGAGUUCCUCAGGAAGAAACUCAUUCGAAAGCAGGUCAAGGUAAUCGAGGAUUACACCCAACCAGCUAAGGACCAGUAUCCAGAAAAAAUUUGCUGCACGAUUCUCGUGGGUAAAGUCAAUAUCGCCGAAGCAAUGGUAUCCAAGGGACUCGCGACAGUCGUCAGGUACAAGCAAAACGACGACUCAAGGCCACAGCAUUACAAUGAGCUCCUGGCUGCUGAGAGUAAGGCUGAGAAGUCGGGGCAUGGAUUGCAUGCAAAGAAGGAUACAGCUCCUCAGAGGAUCAUUGAUCUCUCUAAUGAUUCAUCCAAGGCUAAGUUUCAUCUGUCUGCGUUGAAGAGAACCAGAGGUAUCAAAGCUGUUGUUGAGUUCGUCACCAGUGGCUCGAGGCUCAAGCUCUUUUUACCAAAGGAGCACUGCUUGAUCACCUUUUUACUGGCAGGAGUCAAGGCCCCCAGGAGAUCCAGGCCCAAGCAGGGUGGAGGGAUAAUCGAGGGAGAGAAGUAUGGAGAGGAGGCUUACAACUUCAUGAAAGAGCAGACUUUCCAGAAGGACGUGGAGAUCAUGGUGGAGAGCAUGGAGAGCAAAGGCAGUGGAUUCAUUGGAUGGCUCUUCGUGGAUGGUGUUAAUGUGGCUGUUUCUCUCGUCGAGGAGGGACUCGCUGAGGUCUCCAGCUUCACCGAGAAUGGGGAGUACCUGAAGCUUGUGAAAGGUGCUGAGGAACGUGCCAAAGCGAAGAAAUUGAAUAUCUGGAAGGAUCGGGCUGAGGUCGAGGCAGACACUGAGAAGAUCGAGGAGGAGAAGGAAGUUCCUGAGAGGAAGACUGAGGCAAAGGAGGUCGUCGUCUCCGAGAUCACUGAGGAUUUGCAUUUCUAUGCGCAGUAUGUCGAUCAGCGCAGCCAGGUCGAGGGACUUCUCACGAGAUUGCGCCAGGAACUUGAGGAAAAUCCACCACUUCCUGGGGCGUACAGCCCCAAGAGGGGAGAGCUCGUUGCUGCCAAGUUCAGUGGAGAUGAUCAGUGGUACAGAGCGAAAGUGGAAAAAGUCGCUGGGAGCAACGUCAGUGUCUUUUAUAUUGAUUAUGGAAACAGGGAGGUGAUAAAUGUCACCAGGGUUGCACCACUGCCAGCUGGAUUUUCUGGGGAGAAGGCAUUUGCUCAUGAGCAUGUGCUGGCUUAUGUGGAGGCACCCAAGGAUGCAGAUGAUCUCAAAGCUGCACUUGAGGCUCUGCAAGUUGAUUUGGCUGACAAGACGCUGCUGUUGAACGUUGCUUACAGAACCAAUGGGCUUCCAGCUGCUACCCUCGCUGAUCCGGUGUCCAACGACGAUCUCGUCAAGGCCAUCGUUUCUGAGGGAUAUCUCCAUGUGACGAGCAGAAAGAUCACUAACAAAGUGUACGAUGACUUCAAAUCAGCUGAGAACGAUGCGAAGAAGCAUCACCGCAUAAUUUGGCAAUAUGGUGACGUGACGACUGAUCCGUCAAAGGACUGGAAAUAAAUUCACUCGUGAAUAAAAUUCCAGCCACUAUGAUAAAUCAUCAAAACCUAAAUGAACGAAGAUUAAAGGGAAAGGAGAAUUAAUUGUCAAACGACGAUACGUGGAGAGGGCAUAAUAUAGACGACAUAAUAAUCAUGAAGAAAUGAUAAUCAUUCAGUUAAAUGUAUUUCGAUGAAACGGAAAACAGAAUAAUUGGUGUAAUGUUGGUGGUUGUGAUCGAUGAUUAGAGGACAGAAAGUACGAGGGGAAUGCAAAGCCUACUGGAAGUGAAAUAUUAAAUUGUACAUAUGAUCAUGUUUAAUUGCCAGGGGAUGAGUGGUGAACUGGCAUUCGACCCCUCCUCGAUCAAUCCGCCCAUAAGACUGUUGUCACUUAUAGCUGAUUUAUUGAUAACUGUAAUGAAAAAAGUAAACAUUAAUCUCUCAAGUCCUCAUCCCAUCAAUCAUGUUUUAUCAUUUCAAUUGUUGAAAGCCACUGGAGAAGAUUUACACGUGAGAAUAUUACGUCUUUGACACAGCCUCACUCAUGUUUUUUUUUUAUUAUUAUUUUCGAUUUCCUUCUUUUGUAUACCGAAAUAUAUAGUCGAUGACAUUGUUAUCCA